UUUGUACAUACAUUUUCUUUACUAGUAAGUUUUAUAGACAUAGAUUAUAAAACUGUUUCACUAGCCUAUUUUCGUUGUUGUUGCCGUAGAUUUCAGCACUCCUUGGAAUAUAGACGAUCUUUGACUAGAAACCCCUAGCCUUUGAUUUGGUUUUUAACUGCAGUGAGUACUAAAACAGUCACAAAGAGCAUCUUUGACUAGUAUUUUGCAGUACGUCCUUAAAAACAGCAAAGUGCUCCUGUCAUAUAGAGAAUCUUUGACUAACUUUUUUUCAGUAGGUAAAAACAUCAGCCAGGACAUCCAGUGUGUAUUUAAAAAAAAGAAAAAUACCAUAAAUCAAGGAUAUUAGAAAUAUCCGAGGUGUCCCCCAACGCAACUGGAAUCCUGAACGAAGCCCCGCCCACACAGCAGCUGGCCACGAGACAGCGAAGCCCCGCCCCCAGCCCGAGCCUCAGCAACUCCACGUUGAAGAGUUGUGGUUCUUCAGUCCCGAAGGACGGCACUCUGUCGCCCGGCUGUCUGUACCGUUCGUCCGCUUGCCUGCCGGAGUAACUUCCACGCUCUUUCUGACCGACUCGCGGCAGGCUGGUACCCCGCGCCAUGACCUUCCGGAGGCUGAAGACGGUCCACUCCAACGGGCCGGCUUCCCCGGACACCGACGUCCACUUGCCGCCGUCCCGCUCGGACAGCUGCGGGACGAGCGUCUCCUCGGAGGUUUACAACUACAAGACGCUCGCUUACUCCGGAGGAACGCUGCCUAGAAACUACAAAAAGGCCGGCGGCUCCCAGAAAUGGAAGCCCCAGACGCAAACGACACAAGCGACGCAACCGCAAAGGAAGGUGGUGGUGCUGGAGAAGAUGGACGAGCAGACGUUUGGUUUUGAGAUCCAGACGUACGGCCUGCACCAUCAGGACCAGAACGCGGUGGAGAUGUGCACGUUUGUGUGCAAAGUGCACGAGGACAGCCCGGCGCGGCGGGCGGGGCUCCAUGUUGGGGAGACCAUCGCUAGCGUCAACGACACCCCCGUGGAAGGAUGCCUGCACAGGGACAUCGUUCAACUCAUCAAAGCCUGCGGAAACACACUCAGACUGGAGACGAUUUACAGCGACUCCAUCCGGAAAGCUGAGCUGGAGGCCCGACUGCAGUAUCUGAAGCAAACCCUCCACGAGAAGUGGGACGAGUAUCGCUCGCUGAUGGUCCAGGAGCAGAGGCUCGUUCACGGCAUCGUGAUGUGCGACGGCACCGUGUACGAGUCCCUGGAGUCGGCGGGCGUGUACGGCAGCCUGGGCGUCCCCAGCCCCGCCUCUCUCCGGUCGCCGCUUCGCACCAGCAGCACCGGCAGCAGCGCCAGCGUCCUCAGCGCCGCCACGGACGACGACCCACUCUACCAGACGUGCUCGUACCAAGCGGGGGGCGACUCUGACGGCGGGCGCAAACCGCCGGCGCCGCCCGCCAGGAAGCAGCGCGUGCGGCCCGCCAGCGAGCUCUUCAUGUCGGCCAAGACGCAUCUGACCCGCAGCGCCAGCACUCGCAGUUACGUGCGCGGGGCCUCGCCGACGCCGCCCGCCAUCGCCGCCGACAAGUCGUCAGGCUUGGGCGCGUUGCAGAGGAAGCACAGGAACUUCCGAAGGCGCUUCCUCAAGUUCAUCCCGGGCUUGAACAGGCCGCUGGAGGAGGAAGAGAGCAAAUUGUGACACCACUUCCUGCCGAGACUGUCAAAGUAAAAUCCCAAAGAAGCGACCAAAGGCUGCUUUUUGUUGCCAGCUGUACAAAACUUUACUUUCCCGUUUUUGUGGUUUUAAGUUAUUUAUUUAUUUCAACGGACGAUUGUUGAUUUUUAGGUUUUUUUGUUUGUUGACGUUUUUAAGGCAUGCAAAACUUUUAUUGUGACUUUGUUGUACAAGUCGUAGACCAAGGCUUUAUUUGAUACCAAUCACUUCCUAGUUUUUCCCUGCCAAAGAACUUGUUCAAAACAUUAAAAAGCAAAUGUUUCCAAUAUUUAACACUCUCUUUUUCUUUGUCAUACUUUGAAAGUUUUGGGGGUAUAUUUUAGAAGCUUUUGGUGAAAUCUAAGCUGGUAAAUAUGUAAGAAUGUUAAAGAAAACAGCCAGCAGAUGACAUUUUGGUUGGGAAUAUUUGACUUUACAGCCCAUAAUAUGACACAAAAAUGCUUUAAAAGUACAUUUUGGAAGCUUUUGGUGAAAUCUAAGCUGGUAAAAUCAGAUUUUCAAUUCAGCAGAUGAUAUGCCGUGUUUGCUAUAUUUGAGUUAUGUCACGUAAUAUAUGUUAGGAAAGCAAAAAAAGCCAGCUAUUAUGUCACGUAAGAUCUUUAAAAGUACAUUUUACA